AUGGCGGAGACGGUGCUGAGCAUGGCGAGGUCCAUGCUGGGUGGCGCCAUUAGCAAGGCCGCCUCUGCAGCUGCCGAGGAGAUGAGCCUCCUCAUGGGUGUGCGCAAGGAUAUCUGGUUCAUCAAAGACGAGCUAGCGACGAUGCAGGCUUUCCUGGAGGCCGCUGAAGCAAUGAAGGAGAAAGACAUGCUACUCAAGGUGUGGGCAGAGCAAGUGAGAGACCUGUCUUACAAUAUUGAGGAUUGCCUUGGUGAAUUCAUGGUGCAUGUGGCAAGUCAAAGCUUGUCGCGGAAGCUGAUGAAACUCAAAGAUCGCCAUCGAAUCGCCAUACAAAUCCGUGAUCUCAAAUCAAGAGUUGAAGAGGUGAGCAGCAGAAACACACGCUACAACCUAAUCAAGACAGAGUCUUCGAGGACCAUUGACCAGGCAGAUUCCUAUAUGGAAGAUGUGCGCAAUCACUCGGCUAGCAACCUUGAUGAAGCAGAACUUGUGGGCUUUUCAAAACCUAAGAGUGAGUUGAUUAAGUUGAUGGAUGUCAACAAUACUCAAGAUGAUCUUGCCAAAGUGAUAUGUGUCGUCGGCAUGGGUGGUCUAGGCAAGACGACUCUUGCAAGGAAGAUAUAUGAAAGUAAGGAAGAUAUUGUGAAGAGAUUUGAUUGUUGUGCUUGGAUUACAGUCUCACAAUCAUUUUUCAAGAUGGACAUGCUGAAGGAUAUGAUCAAACAACUUUUAGGUGGUGAAUCAUUGAAGAAAUGCUUGAGUGAACUUGGAGGAAAGGCUCUGCGAGUAGAGGACCUUGCCAAGUUCCUCGUAGAAGAGCUAAAGGAUCAGAGGUAUUUUGUUGUUCUUGAUGACUUGUGGACCAUAGAUGCAUGGAGUUGGAUCAAAUAUAUUGUCUUUCCUAGUAGUAACAAGAAAGGAAGCCGGAUAGUAGUAACAACACGAGAUCUUGGUGUCGCUAACCAGAUUACUCUUGAGUCCCUCAUCUACCAUCUUGAACCCCUGGAAUUAGUUGAUGCCACAAAUCUUUUACUAAGAAAGAGUAGGAAAACACAUGAAGACAUGAAAAAGGUUGAAAACUUCAAGGACAUACUUGAACGACUAGUUAAGAAGUGUGGUCAUUUACCGCUAGCUCUUCUCACAAUAGGCGGCAUACUUGCAACUAGAAAGAUAGCAGAGUGGGGACUAGUUUAUAACCAACUUCCCUCAGAGCUUGAGACCAACAUUAGCCUUCAAGCAAUGAGGCGAAUUGUUACUCUCAGUUACAACCACUUGCCAUCUCAUCUUAAGUCAUGCUUUUUAUACUUAAGCAUCUUUCCUGAGGAUUUUGAAAUAAAAAGGAGUCUGGUAGAGAGAUGGAUAGCCGAAGAGUUUGUUAGAGCCAAGGAUGGAAUGCACAUUCAGGAUGUCGGUAUAAGUUACUUCAUCGAGCUAAUCAACCGUAGCAUGAUUCAACCCUCAAAGUUGAACAUAGAAGGGAGCAUUAAAAGUUGUCGAGUCCAUGAUAUCAUGCGUGAUGUCAUGAUUUCAAUUGCCAAAGAAGAAAAUUUUGUAUGCUUGGCGGGAGAUGAUGUAACUAGUGCCGAGGACAGUUUUCGGCAUGUAGCAUACCAAGGUAGCAAGUGCCAAAAUAUAGGCAUAGAUUGGAGCCAUUCAAAUGGUGUGAGGAUCCCGAAAGGAUUCAGCAACCUUAAAGUGCUACAUGUACUAGAGGUUGUGGAUGUCAAAAGAACCAGCAGCAAGGCAAUUAAAGAGUUGGGAGACCUUAUGCGGCUAAGUAAACUACGAUUGGUAACGGCUGGUGCGACCCAGCAGAAGUGCAAGAUACUCUGUGAGGCGAUCGAGAAACUAUCUGCCCUCCUCUCCCUUCGUGUGGAAGCUGGUAACUGGAUUAGCUCGUUUGGAAAACUUGAUUGGCUGCAUUUUGUUUCCUCUCCUCCCCCACACAUGAAGAGCCUCAAGCUGAAUGGAUUUCUUGGAGAGAUGCCAGACUGGAUUGGGAGUUUGAUGCAUUUGGUGAGCAUUCACCUAGAGGCGAGCAAACUAAAGGGAGGUAAAACCAUGGAAUUACUUGGGACACUGCCUAACCUGAUGCUACUUGGUUUUCAUCGGUAUGCUUUUGCUGGAGAGAAGCUAGUCUUCGCAGAGGGAGCAUUCCAGAAUCUCAGAAAACUUGAUUUUGAUCGGAGUAUGGAACUAAAAGAGGUUAGAUUUGAGGAGGGCACCUCGCCCCGCAUAGAAAAGAUACAAUUCCGGGUUUGCAGGUUGGAGUCAGGGAUCAUUGGUGUCAAGCACCUUCCAAAGCUCAACGAGAUUGCAAUUGGUUACUUAGGUGAAGUGGCAAAGCUUGGUGCCCUGCAUGGUGAGGUGAACGCACACCCCAAUCAUCCAGUUCUGCUACUCGAGUGUCACUGGAGCCACCACGACCUGGGUGACGUCGUCCAUAGGUCAACUACUUCAGUACAAUCAGGCGGAGCGAUGGAGGGGGAGGAAUCAUCUCUCCAUCCAGACUUUGCAGUGGCGGGAGAGUGCUCCUCCUCACAGGCGGUGGCGGUGACGCCGGAGGGUGGCAGGUCAGAUAGCUAA